AUGUUUGAAAGUGCUUCUUCUAUAUUUAUUCUGGAAUUGACUUAUCCCAUAGACAAGGAACGUUUGCAACAUUCCAAAAAAGAGGAUGUGCAUGAGGAUUUGUUAUGUGCACUAUCUUUGCCAACCAACACCACAGAAGCACAACUGUUCAAGUCACCCGAUGGUUAUAUCAAGACAACUAAAAUGGUCCUGUGUCAACAUUGUACAGACGGAGCGGCUGCCAUGACUGCUGGUUUAACUGCUCGGAUUAAGGAGGUUGCACCUAACAGUAAAUCUUCGCAUUGUGUCAUUCACAAGGAAACGCUGGCAAGCCUUAAAAUGUUACCGGAAUUUAACAGCAUAUUAAUUGAUGCCGUUAAAGUUAUUAACCACAUUAAAGCACACGCCCAUAACUCGCGCCUGUUUGAUCAGCUUUAUAAGGAGAUGGAGGCUGAGUACAGCUGCCUUCUCUUGUACACAGAAAUAGGAUGGUUAUCCAAAGGAAAAUGGCUAAGCAGAAUAUUUGAAUUACGAGAGCCUUUACAAAGAUUUCUCUCAGAAAAUUAG